ACACACUCUGUCUUCCCACCACUGCCUUGUGAUUCUCGUCAGAGCGACUUCAGAGGAGCAGAGUUCAGCUGUGGAGAGCUUGAGUGGGAACAUAGAUGAGGAAGCACAGAGAGGGCGACACUGCCAGCAUCCCUCUCUCCUCUCCUGCAGGGGGCAGCAUUGGGAAGGUCUACCAUGACUUCCAGAAAGUGGCCUUCACAGAGUAUCCUGAGAACGGCAUUCCCACAGAGAAUGGCUCCCACAGCAGGAGAGAGCACGUCAGUGUGCUUUCUAAACCCCAAGAGCAAAUGUACAGCAUGAAAGACGACAGUGAGUCCACCUGGAUGAUGGACACGAGCAGCCGGGUCUACUCAGGCCCAGAAGACAUCUCAACGGACCCUCAUGAGACCCUGACAGAUACUUCAACUCUGACCUUUGUGGACGCCCACACCACGGAUGAAUCCACAGAGAACCACAGUCUGCACGGGGUGACGAUGGUUCAUCUGAAGGAGUUUGUGCUCAUAGACGACGAUGACGACGGGGACAUGUCCCUGAGAGAGAAGACAGUCACAGACAUGUCCGUCAUGGAUGGAAAAGCUGCCGACCUGGUUCGUGGGAGGUUGUUGUCCACUUCGAGCGGCUCAGUGUCGGACUGUAAGGAGGAAUCUGUGGCUCCUGAAGCAAACUCUACUGAGGCUACUACUAAGACUGCACGAGACAGAAGACGCUGCUGUUACUGCACGCUUUUAUGACCCAGAAGUGCAUCAACAUCAGCACCUACAGUAUAUCCAGGCUCCUGUUGUACUAUAGCAGCUGUCAAUCACACCGGUGUCCACUCACACAGUGCCUUGCAUACGUUUUCACCCCCUUAAAAUCUUCCACAUUUUGUCAUGUUACAUCCAAAAGUUUUCUUUCAAUAGUUUCUUUCUUCUUCCAUAAAGGCCAGAUUUAUGGAGUAACAGUUGUCCUGUGGACAGAGUCUGUCUCACAGCUGAGCUCUGGACCUUUGCAGCUCCUCCAGAGCCUUCACACGUGUGACCUCUUAAGGCAGUUGGUUGCACUGGAUUUUACUGAGGGCUUUCACAGUAAACACUUUGUAAAUCAUUUCGAUUUUACAUAAAAACUCAUUAAAAUAAGUUUGAAUUUGUGGUUGUAGUUUGAUCAAAUGUGGAGAAGUUCCGGGGGGUGAAUACUUAUGCAAAGGCACUGAUAUGUGCUGUGCUUUAUCAUCGAUUUUCCCUUUAAACUGGAACAUCAUUUACUCAAUUUACAAUGGAACUAGUGAGUGUUUGCUGACGUUAUAAAUCAAGUGAGAAGUAGAAGCUCAUACACUUCCAUUCAACUGUAGGCUGACUGUCUGCUACUGAUUCCUCUUUUAUGGCUUUCUUUCAAGUGUAUGAAUCUGUAUCAUGUUAUAAAUAAAGAGCUUUUAUAUUUCCAUAGCUGUCCCUUACUCCCCAGGAAAAUGUUUACUGACACUUGGUCCUUUUUAUUAGGAGAAUUAAGGCCAAGCUGAAGAGAAUAAAAAAAAUGUAAUCUUUCGGGAA